ACCCAGCCUUAUGAUGCAGAAGUGAGAGGCCACACUAGGUUUCUGUCAACCCCAACGGUCUUUUGUGAUGAGGACUUUGGCUGGCUGACAACGCCAAAUGGCCUUUGCAGACGGCAGUACUAUGGCACAGACGUUUUGGGGAGUUUUUCCUCCAGCAAACUGCAAUAUCCUCAGCCGUCUCAGUGAAAGGAGGAACUGUUCCACUGACUGGAAAUGUCAGUAUUUUUCCAGCUCAGGAGACUUGGAUCGACAUGGGACUCUCAUUUUUUUUGCCCUACUUGCCCUUGCAAAUCUCACAGUUCCUGUAGUCUCACAAGAAAGAAAGAUGAGGAAAUGUACCCAACUUGGGAUCAUAAGCUUACUACAAAGGAUGAGAAGAAGAAGAAGGGAGUAUGGGACAUGUUAUGAAGGAAGGAUGACCAUCCUGGCAUCAAAUAAUUGUACAGUUUCAGGUAGUCCAACUUUGACAGUUCAGAAGGAAGAAGAUGCUGAAGGAAUUCAAACCACAACAGAAUUUUUGCUGAGUACCGUGGGGGUGUUAGCGAAUGAAAGUCAUAAUGCAGAAAAUCUAACUUUUCUGCAAGAGAAUGUAUCAACAAAUGCUGUUAUAGAAGUGAUACCAGCUGAAGUGACAACACCAGCUGAAGUGACAGUGGCUCUCGGCACAAGCAUUGUGCAAUCCAAGAACACUCCAGAUUCCACACCUCAACUACCAUCUGUUGACCAAGAAAAGAGAAGAGAUGCUGAGAUGAAAGAAUAUAAUGAUUUCUUCUUUUAUGAUUAUGACUCCUUGCGCAAGUGGGGUUUGGUAGCUGCUGCCAUCCUUUUCAUCUUGGGCAUUCUCAUUCUUACCUGUGAUAAACAUGGGAAAUUUCCACGAUGCCGAGGGAAAAAGCAGGCAAGAACAUAUGUUGUGUCACUGCCUUGAAACCUCUUUGCCGGAAGCCUCAAAAGACUACUGGGAAUGCUUUGGCUCCACCAGGGGUAUCCUUUCUUAUGGCAAAGAAAUGUUUGAUGUUCUCCCAAAACCAUCUUCCUCCCAUGUGAGCUUUCCAUUUGUGCUUAUUAUGAUCUUGCAACAUAAGUUCAUUUCUAUUGUCCUCUCCCUAAAUUAUCUUUCUGUUACAUUAAACUAGUUCCUUGGCACAACCACAAUUCGUUGUUCCUUUCUUUGCCUGCCGGAGAUCAGGGCAAUGUGAAUUAUGGCUAUUGUUCUUGGUUGCUUAGCAAAAUUGGUCUGUGCAAAUUCUCUGCCAAGAAAUCUCAAGUUCUGUUCUCUCAAUAAAUUUUUGGCAUUGUCUGUUGCUUCUAAA